AUGAAGUUCGCGUACGUGUUAUGGGAGCAACGAGUGAUCUGCAUGCAGCUGGUGGACGGUACCAACUCUCAUGCUAUACAAAAUUCAUGGCCGCUCGAAAUGUCAACUAUGAACAGUAAUCGUAAUCAUAGGUGGAAUUCUGUAGAACUGUAUGCUACCUACAUAAGUAAUGGUGGUAUAAGAAGCCGUAGAACUUUAAUUUCAGAUCUUUUAGACUAUUUUGGUAAUGAUCUUAUGGUUCUCAGUUCAUCAGGAAUAGCUAGUAUCAUUCGCUUCCGUAAAGAAGCAGCACACCUUCUUAAUUUCGAAAAUUCUGAGGAUGAUGACUUCAACAUGUUCAAAAUUGCUUCUGAUUUAAUCUGA